GCCAGAACAUAUUUCAAGACCUACAUACAGAAUUAGUCUUGUAAGUCUGGUGUUUGCUUGUUUUUAACAUUUCGACGUAGCUGGAUCACUGGAAGCUGUGCUUAGGGCAGGCAUUUAAUCCGUCAUGUUUUGAAUGUUUAGUCAGUCACUUAGCAAGGCUAGCAGGCUAUCGGCUCUGCUUUGCCCUCAGCUUGCUUCUCCAGUUCUGUUGGGUUUUUUGUUUUCUUCUGAUUUCACCUUCCACUUCCUCUAACAGCCAAACAGCAGUCACAGCUAACAAACAGAACGAUUCUUCUUCAGUUCCACAGAUUUUCGUUUUUGUCCUAAUCUAUGGGGACUCAAGGUAAUAUGUCCCCAGUCUCCAGCUUCGGACAGUGACCUCAAAUCAGGGACACACCACCCGUUAAGCAGCUCCUAAAGUAUUUCCGGGAUUCUGGUUAUUUUGCACCAGCUCAGAAGCCGCCCCAAGGCUCAUCUUAAUGAUCCUUGGUGCUCUCUGCGGUGGCUAUGAAGCCCUGAGCCCACUCAUUCGCAGGGAGCUCAGUUCUUCAGCUUUGCUGAAGGCAGGCUCAGGCUAGAAAGUCAGAGGGCGCCUGGGUAGAGAAUGAAUGAGGAAGUUCUCUGUGGGCCCUGAACCCAGCCGGUGGUUAAAGAGAAAUCGAAACUCAGCUGUUAAAACCGCUCUCCUUGUUCUUCAGAACCCUUUCCUCGAGCCUCCUAGAAGCCCUUACCAGCAUUCAUCCCUCAAAGGCUGCGGCCAGGACCCCACGGACUGUGGACCAUGUACCCCCGCAGUAGGGUGGUGGGCCCAGGCUUGGGCACUUCCUCCAGCUCUCGGGACCACGCUGGAGCAGGGCAGCAUGGGGAGCUGGACCUGCAGCAAAACCAGAGACAGAAUUUGGAGGUGGCAGAGCCCAAGGGCCCUAAGUUGGAGAGGCAGGGGCAUGGUGACCAGAGGAGCACAGGCACAUACACCCUGAUAGCACCGAACGAGACCCGGAGGCAGAAGAUACAGAGAAUUGCUGAGCAAGAACUGGCGGACUUGGAGAGGUGGAAGCAACAGAACAAGGCAAAACCAGUCCACUUGGUUCCGCAAAGGCUGGGUGGAAGCCAGUCUGAGGCUGAAGUCAGGCAGAAACAACAGCUCCAACAGAUGCGAUCUAAAUACCAGCAAAAGCUAAAGAGAGAUGAAGCUAUUCGAAUCAGGAAGGAUGCUGAGGAAGCUGAGCUCCAAAGAAUGAAGGCAAUCCAGAGGGAGAAGAGUAAUAAACUAGAAAAGAAAAAGCAACUUCAGGAAGACAUCAGAAGAGCCACUCUUCGAGAGCACCAUCAGUCAGCUCAGAUACAGCUGCAUGGGACCAAGGAAAUGUUAAUCUCCUCUAUGCCAAGGCACAGAGAAACUCACUUAUGAAGAUCUUACCUUUCUGCUUCCUCCUAAUUACCAUCCCCUGAAGCAGACCACACCUCAGUUGAGUAUCUUCCUAAACGAAUGUUUACCAAUAAUAGGAAAUUGCCCAGGAAGAUGCAUAUGAAACAAUUCAGAUGGAGAGGCGUAUCACCUAGGACAUCAUUAUUUUAUUGCAUAAACCUUUUCAUUUCUGUUCCUUUUUAAUGGCUCAUUAUAUUCAUGUAUUACUUCUGUGAUGAAAAUUAAAGUAUUAAAAACUGUUAAA